CGUAUGUAUAAAUAACAAACAUUUUAAUUAAGUAUCUUCAUAAAUUUUUACGUUUUUGAAUAAUUAAUUGUUACGGAUUUCAGAAUAUAAUCGAAUGAAUUAAUGAAUAAAGAAGCGUUUCAUACAAAAUACUGAUUCAAUUUACGGAAAAAUGGCUGAUAAGAAAAAAGCUGGAGGAGAUGCUCCCGAAAAGAAGAAAGAAGAGAAGCCGAAAGGAAAGGGAAAGGAGGAGAUUCCUGAGCCGGAAGAGAUACCUAAAACUCCCUCUCAAAUAGCUAGAGAGGAAGCGGAAUACAGAGCGUAUUUACGCAAACAGAGGUUCAAAAGGAAAUGGCCGGAAAUCACUAAAGUUAAAAUCCACACUCGGCCAUGGAGACCACCGCCACCGCCGCAGAAACUGCCUAGAGUUAUGAUAGAUCUACCCGAGAUCGAAACGCGCAAAUGGAUACCGCCAUACUUGCGCCGGCGCAGACGCAGGCCGAAACGGUUGCGUAUACCACCUGAGGAAAUAACGCAACCGUUUGAGUACGAAUGCGGGAAGUUGAAGAAGAUCUGGCAUAACUUCUCGCAAAUUGAGAAGAACAAGAUGAUGCUACAAGGCAGCAUUGGUUGUAAUUCGAAGAAAUAUUCGUCAACUGCUUGUGGAUCACAAACAGCAUGCAUAGCUGUUAUAUGUAGGGCUCUUUUAGAAGAGAAGACACCAGCAGAUCUCAUAAGACGAGAUGUAGACGAAUUAAUUGAAGGGGGGGAUAGAUAUUAUAAACAGUGCAUGCUGGCUAUGAAGUGUUAUAAGGGUAAACCGCAGUUACAACUAAACCAACUGCUCACAUCAUUUUACUUCCACGAUAACAAAUACACUGUGAAAAUGGUAGAAGUGGAGAGAGGAUUGCUGGCUAAGCACCCGGAUAAUAUACAGGCUGAGCCGGAUUUGAUGGCGUUAAUGGAGAAACGCGUAGGUCAAACGUACAUGAUGAUAUUAACUGCUGGGGAUAAACACUUUCUAAUCUGGGGUCACCCGCCACCCCCGGAGGCGGGGAGUCAAGUUAAAACUGUUUGUUAUAUAUUCGACCCCCACAUGUUGAAUAAUGUUGGACAGCCUGAUAAGCUAUUGGGUGCCGGUGCAUUCUUACGAUACGCCGGUAUUACCUCAUUUGUACUGGACUUUCUCGGUAACUAUGGUGAUUUGGACGCGGCGAAAAAGGGCACACCAAAACCGGCAAUUGCUUUGACUAAUAUUGAGGUGGUCCAAAAAGAGCCGCUCAUUAGAGAACCAGAUUAUGAGCUCGAUCUGAAAGCACUAAGAAUACAUUGCAGAAGUGAAUGGGAUAGCAUUAAUAUCAAUGCGCUUAUUGAUAAGAAGAUUAAAGAGGGUAAAUAUCCUCAAUGCUCCUUGAGCGCAGUGAGUCUGGCCACAUCUCGAGCCACGUCAAGACGCAAGGUUCGAGAAUUUUACCAGAAACAACCGAAAGAGCCACCACCACAACUGCCGCUACCACCGGAGAAGCCACCACCCGCUCCAACUAUGGAGCAGUUGAUGCAAUUGCGUGGGGAGGACUUUUUCCUAUACUGUCCUAAAUCGGAUGGUCAUGCUUAUGGCAGAGACGACAUGAUACCCCGUCCCAAAUCGGAAACAGUACUCCAUAGUCCAGUAGAGAUUGCCGAUCAGAAUUAUCACUCGCAGUAUCAACAAAUUGAUGUAGAGAAGUGGAUACUUAGAGGCACUCGGCAUAUGGCCAGUUACAGGUACCAAACGUUCAAAACGUACACGGGCGUGUCGUGUUGCGUGGCCGCGCUCGGCAUGCUGAGGCGGCUCCGUGCGCGAGCCUGGAACGACGAUGUUCUGGACGAGACGCUAGAUAUUGGAUAUAAUUUCUUUAGAGAAUCUCUAUUAGAAAGAAGUGGACCAAUCAGAAGGCUAGUUCUCGGUGAACUUAAAGAGACAUUCAGGAUAAGGGACUAUGAAUACAGUCAUACUGAUCGAGGUAUAGCUGUGUGGGGUAAAUUGAUAUCUACAGACCCUAAAGUGUUUGAUCUCUGCCGAGGGUUGGAGAGUUUCUUUAAGGAGUGCGAUACGGGAAUAUUGCAGGUCCCUGGAGAAAUUGAAGUGUCAGUGUGGAACGAGGGUGGCAAGUAUUAUGUGUACCAUCCGUGGCCAGCCGACAGAUAUGGUUAUAAGGUAGGGCUCCAAGAUGGCGGCAAAGCGUGUGUCCUCUACUUUUCCCGCGUUUCCCGCCUCUGCGAACACUUUUUAGACAGCGUGGCCGAUCUUAAACGGAAGCCGUUCAGCAUCUCUGACGUCACGGUUCACGAGCGACCAGAUAUGCCCGAGCCUGUUAAUAAAAUGAAACCGGUGGCACCCAACAAGUGGGUGAUCAAGGGCCGUUUCCAUGAAGCGGACGCUCGUUUCCCCGAAGAGCAUAGAGGCAAGCAAGCAACGCCAGCGUCCAUAGCCGCUAUAGCUAUGGCGCAUGUUAUAGAACCGCCCGCUUGGACAGCCGAUGAUGUGGAUGAGACACUAAUACGCGGUGAUAUUCUAUACCAAAACACGAUGGAAUACCUCGAAAAGAUGGGAAUUAGCCUCGAAACGGCUAAACCGGACGAAGAGGCUGGGGAGGAAGAGGAUAAUGCUCCCAGUGGUACUCUAGCGGCGAUAGAUGUGAUGAGCAGGUUCAAGAUAUCGGAGUAUGAUUGUAUUGAAACGGAAGUGUUGGAUAGUGUGUACAGUGGAGAAUUGAACCCAGAAGCGGGUUCCGGCACUAUAUCCCUAAAGGACUCGCUCAAACAACUCUUUAAGGAACAUACACACGCGGUAGUGACUGCACGUGGCGGGUCCACGGCGAUAUGGAGACAUGAAGAUAGUUUUUAUUUGUUCGAUCCGCACGGAUGUGACGAUAAUGGCUAUCCAUCCGACGAGCCACGCGCUGCAGCGUGUUUGAUUCGCGUCAAGGGUACUACCAAUGACCUAGCGAAUGUGAUUCUCGGCAACUUAUCACCAGGGAAUGAUGAUAGCUUCAACAUAUCACCCGUAUCGGUGAUGGCAAGCAAGUUAAAUGCGGAGUUGGGCGCUCCGGAGACUAAAUUGGAGAGUAAAGCCUUCCAGUGGAUUUCUAAAGGAACAGCGGCUAUUAUGAUGGGACCACGUGGUGAGAAUACCGCUCUUGGAAAGUUGGCUGAGAAGGCGGGAAUUGGAGAAGAAGACAUGGCCGGUCGUACUCUAGCUCUACCGUGUGCGGCUGCAUUUGCCGCGGCCACUGAGUCGGUACCACCGCCUCAUAUGCACCAGGAUCAUAUGUAUAACUUUCUUGAUGCUGGCGUCGACUAUUACCUCAAUCACGUGAAGAAAACGGGCAAAAAGGAAAUUUUACCAGAAGAUUUAACUGAGAAAUUCGAAAUGGGAGCAAAUACGUUUUCGAUUGAACUCGGGGAUGCUAUAAGGUUGCCGUUGCGGUUGCCUGACGAACCACAAGGGGAGGGCGGCGAAGAGGAAGCCGCAGAAAAGGAGACUGGAGAGGAAUUGGAAGAAGAAGAAAAGGAAGAGCCUAUGAAACAAAUAAAAGACGCCCUGUUCAAAAUGUGGUAUGACGAAACGAAACCCACAUCUGUAUCGCUGCUCGUUGGUGACUACCACCAGAUGGGAGUUUGGAUGAGAUCUGGUGGUAAAGUGGUGGCGUUUGACCCAGCGCCCACUUUGAAUAAGGGCGUGUUGACCAGACAGAGGAUUACCAAGGGUGAUGAAAUAAGAUUACAACGUAUCAAAGACGAGAUGGCCGGUGAAGGUGGUGAUGGGGCUGAGGAGGAAGAGGAAGAGGCUGGUGGAGAGGGUGAAGAGAAACCUGAGCCGGAGCCUGAGUUUGUCCCGCCUGAGUCUUGUCCAGCUUUGAUGGUGUUUGCAAGCCCUGGAGAAUUUAUCGAUAAACUCACAUUACAAGGCGGUCUAGACAGGAAGCAAUGCCUGGCCCCAUACAAGUUGUACCCAGUAAAAAUUACCAACGAACUGACAUCUGUACUAAAGGAGAGGAAACAACCGGCGGCACCAAAAGGAGAAGAUGAAGGAGCAGAUGAGGAGGAGGGCGAAGUUUUAAUAGACCCGUUAGAAGACGCAGCUAUUGGCAAAUAUUUCACGCGUCUCGGUCGAGCCGUUGCGUCGGUUCGUGGAAGAGUGGCUCAAAACGAGAAUUACUUUUUGGACCAGCCUAAUAGGGAUAAUCAGGAUGUAGCAAACGCGGCGAUGGGUAUAGUUGUGGAACAUAUCGAACCAUACAUACACUGGAAGGCAGCAGUUUUAGACAGUCUGUUGAAGUAUGGAGACAGACUCUAUAGUAUGUCUUUGCCGAGAGCAAGUAACCCGCCGAAGUUGAAGCCUAGCGAAUUGGUGCCUAAUUUCCAUGUGACUACUUUUAACGUAAAAAUGGAUGUAGAUAGCGACGUAGUUACCGGUGAUAUAAAGGCGGGAGACACUGGGCCGGUUCUCGGUUUGAAGAAGGGCAUCAAUAAAUUCUUUGAGAGUAAUAAACACGGAAUUCUCUGCUGUAAAGACUACUGCGUUGCUAUAUGGCGGGCAGCUGACGACAAAUCAUACUGUCUUUGGGAGCCCCAUGCUGUAGGGCCCCGGGGCCUUAUCUCUCCAGGCGGGGCCUGUGGCCUCAUUGCAUAUUCCACUGUGGAAUUAUUGGCUGAUACGUUUGCCAGUAAUAUUGGCAAGUUGGCUAGGCCGGGGUCUAAUAAGUAUUCGAUAUCAUCCGUAAAAGUGUUCUGGGAAUUGUCCAAAGCGCCCGGUCCGGUGACACCUCAAGGGACGGUCCCAGAUGAAGGAUAUGAAUGGAAGGUUCUGACUGCAUACGUGGAAACAGCUAGAGGGAGGACCAUCUUGCGGGGAACUCGACCACCUGACUUGGUCAAAUUCACCCGCGACGCCCUCCUCCAAUCAUCAUGCGGGGCUAUAGUGAGUGCGUGUAUGUCCCACAUUCGCCGUCCGCACCUCUGGACCAGACGGACCGUGGACGAGAUAAUGGCGGUCGCGUGUCAGCUGUUCACCGCGUCGUUGGGUUCGCUGGGAUACGAGUUUAGACCUGGAGAAGAUGUAUUACUGCCCUUACAGGUACUGAAGCGAUUCGUGCUUGGCGUCAACUACGUGAGAUAUGAUUUGCAACAAGUGUAUACUGGGAAAUUGGAACAGAAGGAGCCCACUGAGAUGACUGUGAGAUGCGCGUUAGAGCGGUUUUUCGAAUCCCACACCCACGGGAUCCUGUGGUCGGUGCCCCACGCGGUGGCCGUGUGGCGAGUGGCCGGGGCCCCGUCGUAUUACAUGAUGGAGCCCCACGCUUGUGGCCCCACUGGGUUGAGGGUUGAUGCUCAGGACGAUGGCGCUGCCUGCGUUCUGACUUUCACAUCGGCAAAGUUAAUGGCAUUUGCCUACCUCCAAAAUAUACCAGUCGUAGAGCGUCCAAAGCACGACUUUCAGUUAUACGCUAUGGCAAUAACGGUACAACCGAUCAAGAAGCUAGGUGGCGUUGAACCGCCGUUGGUUCGAGCGCCACCUGGUGUUAGACUCGUACCGGCUACUAGUAAGGUGGACAUUCGUGGCAGUAAACGUCGUGCGUCAGAAAGAGACAGGAAACAUCCGCCAGGCAGCGCCACUUGUAUUGACGCACAACGAGCUUCGGAGAAGAGGGAUAAGGAGGAGGGGAAGUUGAAGGGCCAAAGGAACACGAGUGGCUGGUUGGUGCUCAACGACGGCACUCAAUUCUUGUCCGCUCAACACUCUAUGAGCUGCAAGAAAUUUCCCUACGCGUCUAGGGGCAAUCAGGCGCUCGCCAUGUCAGUGAUGGCGGUGGCCAUGUCGCGCGCGGAGGACGUGUGCCGCUGGUGCUCCUCCACGCUCGACCAGAUACUCGACAGCGGGGAUCAGCUGUACCAAGAUAGUUAUCUGCACUUUAGACCGCGAUCCAAGAUUUUGAAUAUUGAACAGAUUCUUCGUAAAUUCUACACACCCGGGAAUUGCGUGUGUCGAGUCGUCGUGUACAGAGCGAGGCAGAAGGGCAUUGUCGAUGACGAUCUUAUAGAUCAGGUAUCGGAAUUCUUCCGCGAGGAGCGUUCCGGUGUUCUAGUGGCGGGGAAUGGCGAUUUCGCUGUUGCCCUGUUUAGGACGCCUAGAGGUUACUACAUGUUCGACCCGGCGGAUAGAGAUCGUUAUGGGCGGGCCGUAGCGCCGCCGUGUACGGGCCGUGCGAGGGCUUGCUUCUCGCAGUAUCCCAAUGUAAAAACACUGUGUGAGAAACUGGGACCCAACAUACCACCAGUUUUGAAGAUCAAGAGCGAUGACAACGACUCGAAAGAGGUAAAGGUGCUGGCGGACAAAUCGAAAGAAGAAGCCAAUGACGAUUCCAAAGAAGAAAAAGAGGUACACUUUGAAGAGCCAGCUCAUUUUGCUAUUUACGGAAUGGAUGUCACAAGCCUCCGUAGAUUGAAUCAGCAUGAAAGAUAAAUAAAUAAUAAAAAAAAAUCGAAAAAAAUAUAUAAUUUUGUAUAACUGCCAUCUAGCGGAUACUUUUUGAACUUAAUCAGUUUUGUACAAUCUAUUUCAUAUUUUGAAGUGAUUCUUGUAU